AUGCUGAAUAUAAGUAGAACAAAUGAUAACAAUACAGUUGAUGAAAAAGUAAAAUGCCCCUCAAAAAUGGAGAAUUCUAGUGCUUUAGAAAUUGUUGAAAAAAUUAAUAAAAGAAAUAUGAUGCCUGACGUACCAAAUUACUCAUUAAAUAAAGAUGACAAUUUAUCAUUAAGUAAAAAAAGACAUAUUUCUUCUAUUCCAAAAAAUGGUGAAGAAUAUUGGUUAUAUCCAUCGCCUCAACAAUUUUAUAAUUCAUUAUUAAGAAAAAAUAAAGAAGUAGAAAAAGAUUAUAUUGAUGCUGUUGUUAGUAUACAUAAUGAAAUUAAUGAAGAAUCAUGGAAACAUGUUUUGAGAUAUGAACAUAUGCAUAAGAAAAAAUGCAGCAACGUGACUUUACAUAGAUUCGUUGGGAAGUCUGAUGAUUUAUCAUUAAAAGCGAGAUUUAGAAGUAUUUUCACAAGAUUAGAAAAACCUUUUGAUAGGCAUGACUGGUUUAUUGAUAGGUGUGGAACUCAAAUAAAAUACAUAAUAGAUUAUUAUAAUGAUGAAUCGAUAAAUGAUGAUAAAAAUAUAUAUAUUGAUGUUAGACCAGCUAUGGAUAGCUUAUCAAACAUUUGGGAUAGGGUGCGUUACCCUUUUUAUGAAUUUUAUUUUAAAUAUAUUAAAAAAAAUGAUUUGUUUCGUUAA